AGAGUACAAAAGUUACUCUCGAAAACAAAAAAAAAAGUGAAAUUUUAUUUUUUAAAUAGAGCAAAUAUUUUUUAAUAAUUUUUAAAGUUGUACAAAUGAUAAUACUUAAGUUUGUAAUUGUAACAAUUGUAGAUAAUUAACUUCAAAGUGAUCGCGUUAGGAAUUGUAAAAUACUCAACUUUUAAGAUAAAAUAACAUUUUAAUUGUGUUUGAAAGCUUCAUGGAAUCUUCUGAUUCAGAUCCAGAACUCACAUCAUGGUUUAAUGAAUUAUGGAGGAAAACAGAGGAAAGAAAAUUUAAAGAAGAUUCUUUAAGAAAGUCAGACAAUGGAAGGCAAUUAAAUAAAAACGCCACCAUAAAGAAAAAAUGGUGUAGGUGUAGCUUCUGCAACAGAGUCUUCCUGUUUGAAAAAUUAUUACAUAAACGAAUAAUAAUUAACUUAAAGCUUUACGAGUGUUGCUGGUGUCACUCAGAGUUUCAAUGGAAAUUCUCCCUUAUAAAUCAUAGAAAGAAAUGUCGACGAGAGUUGGAAGAAAGCAGUAAUUGUAGUGCAACAACAACUCAUUCUGUUAUAUGUAAGUAAAAUUCAAGAUAAGCAAUGCCCCACGUGCUACCAGAUAUAUUUACACCUCAAUUUUAUCAAGGAACGAGUGAGAAGAAAAAGGAAAGUACAUGAUGAUCGAAAACAUAUCACGUGAGGAUAUUGGCAAAACAACUACUUACUUGAUAUUUGUCCGUUUUUUGAUUGAGCUUCAGUCUGAACGUUGGUGCUACUCGAUGUAGACUCAGUGCUUAUAUCCCUUAAUGCUAUUGAGUCUGUCUUAUUUAUUAUAUUUUCUGGUGUGCUAGCAACUGUAACGAAAAGAAGAAAAUUUUCUUUUAAAUCUUUUUAUUCUAUUAAAUAUUUUAUGUGGCAAACAUAGCGUUAGAU